GUUAUAUGGGGGGGAACUCUUCACCACGCUGGACUUACGCAACGCGUACAAUCAGCUUCCUCUUGACGAAGAGGCUCGAAAGAUGACUGUGCUGAACACGCACCAAGGCUUGUACUGUUACAAUCGUCUGGCCUUCGGCAUUGCGUCCGCACCGGCUCUGUUUCAACGGCGCAUCGAGUCCCUCCUGCAAGGGCUCCCAAGGGUGCAAGUCUACUUGGAUGACAUCGUCAUCGCAGAAAAGAAACACGAGACGUCGACACUCCGGCAGGUGCUGCAGCGGCUACGGGAAAACGGCCUGAAGUUAAACCGAGCCAAGUGCCGUAUCCGGGAGAAGCAAGUGUCCUUUUUGGGCCACAGAAUCGAUGCCCAAGGUCUUCAUCCGGAGCGGACCAACCUCGAGGCAGUGACCGAAGCUCCAAGACCGACCUCGGAGGAGGGCAGCAGUGAAGUGAAUGCCGUUCUGGUCACGCCAGUUCCAGCCGAGGCGGAGAUGGCUACCGGGGACUGUGGUCUCCAGUGA